UACGAAAAAUCUACAGCAUGGCUUGUGCGAAGGGGCUGAUCAUUACCCUCCUUUAUUUCUACAUGUUUACUGCCAUUCUUGGCAAACAGUCUUGUGUGAGUCCCGAUGGCCAGGAAGCGUGGGAUAAAAAUACGAAGCUAUACACUUCCGAUUGCAGUAAGGAGUGUUCUUGUGUUGGUGAAGGCGAAUACUUCUGUGUAGACCUUUGUCCCGUGCAGAUUGCCUAUUGCAAUGUUGGUUACGUUGCGAGGUUCAAAACAAUAAAAAAAUCAAAAAGAGGAAGAGAAUGCCGAUGCGAUGAGUUUGAUAAAUGCGUCAAAAACAGGAUGUGACCACGGUAACAGAACGAAGGUGCUAGCCCUUGGUUCUUCUGAGCGAAAAAUACAAUUGUAGUCAUUAAUCAGGGUAAAAGUAUUAGUGCUUGUUGAAAGUAUUAAAGGGUGUUUCAAAUGUUAUAGAUGUUACAGUGUCUCAUGGUGUUUGUCACACA